AUGAAGCGACCACUGAGCCCAUCUCCCCCUGCUGAGAAGGAGCCCCCGGUAUCUGGAGCUGCUGAGUGCCCACCUCGGCCCCCAGAACCCCCGAAGCCCAAGAGGGAAAGAAAACGGCCCUCGUACACCCUCUGUGACGUCUGCAACAUCCAGCUGAACUCCGCGGCCCAGGCCCAAGUGCACUGCGGGGGGCGGGCCCACCAGAGGCGGCUGCGGCAGCUCAGCCUGGGGAAGACGCCUGCAGGGCCAGCAGGCCCAGCCUCCGGUGCCCCCAGCCCCCUGCUGGCCUCCCUGCCCCUGCCCACCAGGCCUCUGCAGCCCCCGCUGGACUUCAAGCACUUGCUCGCCUUCCACUUCAAUGGCGCCGCCCCGCUCAGUCUCUUCCCCAACUUCAGCACGAUGGACCCGGUCCAGAAAGCUGUCAUCAGCCACACAUUUGGGGUCCCCUCCCCUCUGAAGAAGAAGCUCUUCAUUUCCUGUAACAUCUGUCACCUGAGGUUCAACUCAGCGAACCAGGCUGAAGCACAUUACAAAGGCCACAAACAUGCCAGAAAACUCAAGGCUGUUGAAGCCGCCAAGAGCAAGCAGAGGCCACAAACCCUGGCCCAAGAUGGGACACUGGUGUCCCCAACCCCGACUCCAGCCAAUGGAGCCCCUGAGGAGCCACAGAGCAAAGCAGUUCCUGCAGCCUCUCCUCCUGGCCCCGAACUCCAGCCACCCCUGAGUCCAUACCCCACGCCCGGGGAAGAGCUGGCCCACUCAGACCUCUUGGAUGCUGCCUCCUCUUCCUCCUCUUCCUCUUGCCCACCCUGCUCCCCAGAGCCUGGGAGAGAGGCGCCAGGGCCUGAACCGGCGGCGGCUGCGGUGGGAAGCGGUGUGAGUGGGGAAGGCAGGAGCGAGAAGGGGCGCCUGUACUGCCCCACGUGUAAGGUGACAGUGAACUCCGCCUCCCAGCUGCAGGCUCACAACACAGGAGCCAAGCACCGGUGGAUGGUGGAAGGUCAGCGGGGCACUCCCCGCAGGAGCCGGGGCCGUGCAGUGCCCCGGGGAGGAGCUGGACACAAGACUAAGAGAGUGACGGGUGGCCAGGGGGGACGGCAGGGUCCGAAACCCCCUUUUCACUGUGAUCUCUGUCAGCUCCAGGUCAAUUCAGAGACCCAACUCAAGCAGCACCUGAGCAGCAGGAGGCACAAGGACCGCCUGGCCGGGAAGCCCCCCAAGCCCUCCAGCCAGCACAGCAAGCUGCAUAAGCAUGCAGCGCUGGCUGUGAGUAUCCUCAAGUCUAAGCUGGCCUUGCAGAAGCAACUCACCAAGACACUGGCAGCCCGCUUCCUGCCCAGCCCAAUCCCUACCGCAGCGGCAGCGGCCAUCUGUGCCCUGCCAGGGCCCCUUGCUCUCCGGCCUGCCCCCACAGCAGCCACCACCCUCUUCCCAACUCCGAUCCUGGGCCCAGCUCUGUUUCGCACCCCAGCAGGAGCUAUCCGCCCUGCCACAGGACCCAUCGUCUUUGCCCCCUACUAGCCACCCUGGGGAGCCCAGGGCUGAUUUCCCAGCCAUCGUUCUCCCCCACCUCCCUGAAACACCUCGGUUCCCUACAUCCCACAGGAGACUACCUUUCACAGCCUAGGGAAUCCUGCCCAAUCUAGGCGGAGCUGGGCUAAUACUAAGAGCAGCUGCCCUUCACUCCGUCUGUACCCGGGAUUGACCUAAUAUGCCCCUGGCCCAAGGACCAUCCAUCCUCACCCUCCCUCCCCCAGGCUUCUAGGGCUAGUCCUGGGCUCCCCUGUACUUCUUAUUCUGACUUAGGGGGAGCAAACUGAGAAAUCCAAAGAGCUAUGCAAAAUCCUAGCCCCAGCCCCAUGGUGCUCUCACCUCCCAACUCAAGACCUAUUACCUACAGGGCCAGAGGCCCAAGGAAUCUUCUCUCCUGAGGACAAGUCUGUGACCUCUAUUCCCCUACCCUGUUGGGGAGGCCCUCCCAAUCACUGGAAUCUCCAGGGAAUCACUGGAGAUGAGGGAGGGGUCUCAAGCUGGAGUGGGUUGAAGGCUGCCUGGACAAGGUGACCAUGGGGACGUGGAGGAGACCGUGGAGGAGAAAGGGAGCAGCAUUAAGUGGGCAAAGCCAAGGCAGGGGGCUGGGGUCAAAAGCUUCUGGGGGUUUCAUUUGCUCUGACAGGAAGGGGCUAGCAUAGAGGUAGGUGACAGUCAUGUUCUGGCUGGGCCCAGUUUCAGCAGAAGAAAUGAACAGUCCCACAAAAGUUCUCCUUUGUUAGCCUCUCAUGGAUUCCUCCUGAACUCUGGCUCUCAGCAGCGGGGGGGAUAGGGGGCAGAAAGGGGGUGGCCCUGGGUCUCCCUCCCAUGGACCUAGCAAACACCCAAUCUCCCUAGGACUCCCAAAGGGAGAGCUUUCUCCUCCAGCUCCUCGCCCCAAACUGGCCCCUAGCACUCAAUUCAGCUUCCCCCACAACCAGCACCCCAGGCCCCCUCACUGUGAAGCCGAGUGUUGGGAUCCAGUUGGAUCCACUCAAGACCCAUUUUCAUGCUGUCGAUGUCACCACCUCCAUCCCACCCCAGCAGUGCUGCCCU